UGGCUCCAAAUAUCUCCGCUCCCUCAACCUCUCACCCACCAUACAAAACAAUUGGUCACUAUGUUUACACCACGCAAAAAAUCUCACACAUCUCACGAAAGCUAUACUCGAACCUGCUAGCGAACAACUCCAGCAAGCGAGACGGCCAGCUGAGUGAUUGGUGGCAUCGAUCAGUUAGUUUUUUCGAGCUGCUGUAAAUGGCCACUUCGAUUUCGGCGGUUAAGGGGGCGGGCCUCUGCUCAUCCUUCCAUGGAGGCUGGGGGACUUCUAUGAUGGGUGAGGAGCAAUUGUUGCUCGCCAGGUCGGUGCCGACCCGAGUUCGGUUCUCGACUAAGCCUGUGAGGCUGCAGCCUAUGAUGAAGAACAUCAAUGAAGGAAAGGGGCUGUUUGCUCCCGUUGUGGUCUUCACUAGGAACAUCAUCGGGAAGAAGCGGUUCAAUCAGCUCAGAGGCAAAGCCAUUGCCCUCCACUCUCAGGUGAUCACGGAGUUCUGCAAGUCCAUUGGGGCAGACGCAAAACAGAGGCAAGGACUGAUUCGACUGGCCAAGAAGAACGGUGAAAGGCUUGGUUUCCUUGCAUAGAGGAGGAAUUCCACUGAUGAUUUCGUCUCUCGAAAAAAGGAGAACAAAAGGAACGGGGAAAGGGAAUAUAGUUGCAGUUGAUGUUAAGCAUUUAGUUUCAUAUACUUCUCUUGAUCUGUUAUGUAUGUAACAUUAGAGUUCAGAGAUUACUUUCUCUUGCGUUCUCCUCACAUAAAAGCACUCUCUCAUUCUUACGAUUUUAGCUGUAAUUGUUCCAUGUUUGGCAAGAAAAAUUCAUAAAGAAACAGGAAGUUAGGCGA